AUGUCAGAGAUUGAAGAGAUCGACACGCGUGUUAAAGCAUAUCUAUACGAUAUUGGCUAUCACAGAUGGUCUCGGGUAUAUGCUAUAGUGAACAGAACGUGGCCGAUGACAUCAAACAUUGCAGAGUCAUUGAAUGAGGUAACAAAAGAUGCAAGAGAGCUGCCCGUAGUAGAACUAUUAGAGUACAUGAGGACUCUUCUUGAAAGUUGGACUAAUGAAAAGUUAUCAAAAGCAAAGGGUACAUUCACAUACCAUGAGAAAAAAUACAACAAAGAGUUGGAGGAUAACAGGACAUUAUCGCAGAAGAUGAGACUUGAUGAAAUUCCUUGUGAGCAUGCUUUGGCGGCUUUGAGGCACAGGAAUGAGUCUUAUGAAAACUAUUAUUCUCCUUAUUACACGAGGGAGAGCCGUUUGCAUACUUAUGAAAUACCAGUAGACCCGCUGCCUGACGAAAGUAAAUGGAAUGUGCCACAACAUAUAGCUGAAGAAGUUGUAAAGCCACCUACUGGGAAAAGACAGCCAGGGAGACCUCAAAAACAAAGAUACAAACCAUAUGAUUAA